AUGGACGCCUCCUCCCUCCGCAUCUCCAAGUUCGAUGGAACUAACUUCCACGCCUGGAAGUUCAAGAUGCAGAUGGUGCUGGAGGAACGGGACCUAUGGGAGGUCGUCAGCGGUGAGAUCAAGGCGGAACAGUGCGAGACUCAGUUGGACCAAGCGACGUACAAGAGGAAGUCAAGAAAGGCGAUGGCAGUGAUCUGUCUAGCCAUGGAAGAUUCUCAGCUACCGUUGGUCCGGUCGGCAAGUGGUGCAUGCGACGCAUGGUCAAGGUUGGAAGACCACUUCGAGAAGAAGAGUCUUGCCAACAAGCUGUUCUUGCGCCGUCGCUUCUUCACGACAAUGAUGGAAGAAGGCGACGAUGUGCUCGAACACAUCAACAAGCUCAAGACGCUGGCGGAACAGCUAGAAGCGGUGGGGGGCUCCACUUUGGAGUCGCGCUCAGACACUCUUAGCUGGGAGCUCGUGACGUCUCGACUGCUUCAUGAAGAAAUGAAGCGGAAGGAGCAAGGAAGUAAAGGUGAUGAAGCUUCGCAAGGUCAAGCGUUCAUCACAAGGGGACAAUCAGCGCAAAGGGCGACCAGUGAAGAAGUCCUGGCCGUGCCACAAUUGCGGAAAGAUUGGUCACUGGAUGGCGGAGUGCCCCUCGCGCAUCAAGAAAACACGGAGAGACACCGGCCACAGCGUGCUCAAGACAGCGGCGACCGCUAUCGAUCACAACGUGCAAACGUCGCUCAAGAAGAAGACUCGGGCGACUACCUCUUUUCGAUCGGUGAAACGACAUCUGCGAAAUCGAGCGACAUCUGGCUGGUCGACUCCGGGGCGACGCAGCACAUGACGUGCUCCAAGAAGUUCAUGCGGAACUACAAGGGGUUUGACGCUGUGGAUGUCCAUCUCGCGGAUGAUGGAAUCGUCCAAGCAAUCGGCAGUGGGGACAUUGUCAUGUCGAUGAAGACACCCCAAGGGAUGAAGAAAGGUGUGCUCACAAACGUGUGGCACAUCCCAAAGUUAUCCAGAAACCUGUUCUCGGUCGGCCGCUUCAUCAAGGAUGUCGGCCCAGUGACGUUCACGAAGGAUGGGUGCUAUGGAGAAGCGAAAGGGACCAAGUGGAAAAUUGGUGCCCGUGAAGGUAAAGGACUGUUCAAGCUGCAAAUGACUCCAGUGGCGCCGGAACAAGCAAAUGCAGCCAAGUCGUCGGGAUGUCAAGGGGGCACCAAGUCGUACCUCUGGCACCUUCGGCUUGGCCACAUAGGUCACGAUGGACUCAAUUGCAUCGUGACGAAGAACAUUGGAAUUGGCAUCGACAUAUCUUCGGUGAAGAAGUGGGACGUGUGUGAAGGUUGUGCUCUGGGAAAACAGACUCGAGUGCGCUUCCAAUCAAACACUACAGCUCGCACCUCCAAACUCCUCGAAGUGAUUCACAGCGACGUAUGCGGACCGAUGUCGAUGGCAACUUUCAGUGGAAAACGGUACUUCGUGACAUUCAUUGAUGACAAGUCAAGAUACUGUGUCGUCUAUCUGCUCAAGAGCAAAUCUGAAGUUGCGGCGAAGUUCAUGGAAUACGCUGCGAUGGCCGAAACGCAAACCGGAAAGCGCGUGAAGUACCUUCAAAGCGACAAUGGGGGUGAAUACAAGUCCGACAAGCUGGCACGAUUCUGCGCGGAACGGGGAAUACAACAAAGGUUCACACCCCCAUAUACUCCUCAGCUAAACGGAGUAGCUGAGAGAAUGAAUCGCACGCUGGUCGAGUGUGCGCGUUGCAUGAUGGAACACGCUGGACUGGGAAAGAGCUACUGGGGUGAAGCAGUGAUGACGGCGAUGUUUCCUCGAAACCGCUGUCCAACACGUGCCAUUCACCAAGACAAGUCUCCAUAUCAAGUGUGGACGAUGAAGAAACCGAUUCUGGCCAACCUUAAAGUGUUUGGAUGCCACGCGUAUGUUCAAGUGCCUCAAGACAAACGCGCGAAGUUCGACUCCAAGUCAUCACUCUGUCGUUUCCUGGGAUACGCCGAACACCAGAAGUCAUAUCGAUUUGAGGAAGUGUCAACAGGAGCGAUCAAGAUCAGUCGCGAUGCCACAUUCAUGGAAGACAAGUUUGAUGAAGGUCCGCGCAACUACAACGAUGAGUCAAGUGUCGUUGAGUUUGAUGAUCAUGAUGAGGACGAAGAAAAAGAAGAAGGUAAAACUGACGACGACAUGGACUCGAGCGACGAUGACAACGAAGACACCAGGUCUUCGAAGAGCAACAUCAAGAGACACACGCGCACUCAAUCACUUGAGAAAGCUACCGUCAUUCAAGUCCCAAGCGAAGAACAUACAGAGGUCCGUCGCUUGAGCAUGUGUCAGCGGCUGCAAUGGAUUUUGAAGCAGCCUACAUCGUUGAUUCAGUGGGGAAACGCCGACUACAUUCAAGUCGGCGAUGGAAUCAAGCGACUCCGGCAAGUGGAAAGAAGCGUGUGA